CCGCAGACGAGUUUUUCUGUGUAGAUAUCUAACUCUUGAAAACAUCUUUGAUGUGCUGCCAAAAGCCGAGACAUUGGUGCUCAGUGUUGGGACUUGUGCCCAUUCAGGAUUUUGUCGACUAUAUGAAAUUUGAUCACCACAACGCUUGCAAAUUGCAACCAUGUACAAAUCUCUCCCAGUCUCACAAUGCCAAGGUUAUGCCUGAUUGGUGCGUGCCUUACGAGUCUUUGCAAGUGUCACCACAGCAGACUUGGUUAGACGAGUUGGUUAGGCAGGCCAGUGAAUUUUCAUAAGACAAAAUAGAGUAUAAAAUGGUCAGAAUGGCUGAACGUUUUCUUGUGAAAAUACUCACUCUCUCGCUUAUGUGGAGCAAAACGUUUUUCACAACUUUAGGACUAUUUCUUGCAGCCAAGUUAUCGCAUUAGAAAGGACAAGAGAACUUUCAGUUGUCUGACACGUGAGUCAGAAUUUUCAUGUUUAAUUUUUAAAAGUUGCCUUUUUCGAACAAGCUCUUUAAGGAAUAAAGGUUUCGUAUGUCGAUGUCUGGGGAGGGUACAAGUUCAACAAACACACAUGUCGCUUUUAAUUUUAAUGCAUUUAGGCUCUCCAGGUGUCGUCGUAUGGUCUUGAGGUUUCAGAAUCAGAGGGACCAGAUGCAAUUCGAAUCCUAAUCCGAUGCCCACCCGGCCUCAUAUUCACCAAGGAAGUGUAAAGGAUUAGCAAAGUAUUUCAUCAUGGGAUGGGAUGGUCUCCUUCUUCCUUGUAGUGUUAUACCUUGCUUCAAUACUAGAAUGUCGGUAAUGGCUUCCCUGUCUUUAGGACAAAUUAUCCCGAUUAUUUAUGGGUCAUUUUUACAUGAAUACCUAAUUAGGUCAAAGGUAGACAAAUUUUAUCCUUCAAUAUAGGAAUUGAUUCAUAUCCAUUUGCAAAAGAAAGAAAAGGUAAAAGGAAAACAUCAAAAUGCAUUUAUUGGCUUCUAAAGCAAUUUUUCUUUUAGGGUCGGUUUGGUUUUGGUGGUAUGAAAUUGCAUUCUCAUAUUUGAUAAUUCUACUUUCUGAUAAAUAAAAAAAAAGACAAUAGAAUUUAAUAAGUGUACUUUUAGAAAUAUAAUACUUGACUUAUGGUAUGAACGAAACAUAGUUAUUAGGCCUUCGUUUGAGUUGGUGGUGUUGAGAAAGGAAAGGAAAUGUCAUCCCAUUCAAAUGAUAAAUGACGAGAUGAUGUGUCAUUUCAUUGCAUGCAUGAUGCAUCAACAUCGGUUAAACCUAGACCUAGUCUGCACCACAACAUUUGUUCAUGCCCUCUUAAGAAGGAGGGUCAUAUGGAAAAGUCAUUUAAAAUCUCAUUUGGAUGUUUUCCACGUAGCUGGCCAUGGUGCACAAAAUUAAGAAUAAGAAAAGAAAAAAAAAAUUAGUGGGAAACUAAGAAAAAAUAAAAUAAAAUUUGUGUGGGGUUGGGUAGCCUUAAGACCACUCAAAAAAACCCCACAACAAAAAGUGCACAAAAUUUCCGAACCCGAAGAAAUUGCGCCGAGUAUUCAGGUCAAUUUAGUAAUGAGUCCUACCCCCAAACAUUCACAUGCAAACCUCACUCGUUUCAGACUCAGUUACUUCCAUGGCUUUGCCGCGUGUUCACGGCUGACGUUAUUUUCCACACAACAGCCAGCCAUCUCUCAUUUCUCAUUUCUUAUUUGCCCUUCUCUUCGAAAAAUAAUUACCAUUGAAUUUAUAAAAACAACAAAAGAAAGAAAAAGGAAAGCAAAAGCUCAUCAUCCCCAUCCCGGUGAAGCGAAAAAACCGAAAAGGUAUAAAAGUACAAAAAUAAAGAGCCUCUUUGGCUCUCUCUCAAAACAAAGGACACAAUCCAUCAGUAUCAAUUUUGCUUAAUGAUGGAGUUGCAGAAUCUCCUCUGCCUUCCCCUUAUAAUUUCUUCCUCAUAGCUAAAUCAUUUGCCUUAUUUCCUCUCUCUCUCUCUCUCUCUCUCUCUAUGCCAGACAGACAGUCAUGAGUUUUUGUACUUUUUCCCCAGAAAAGCUUCAUAACAAUGCCAAAAGGGAGAGAGGCUUUAACAUGGGGAGCAGAUUGGUUCCUUUCUUGUUCACUUCUCUAGCCAUAGCCACCCUUUUCAGCUUUUUCCUUAUCUAUUCUCCAAACCCUUUGCUAACCAUAGCCAAACAAGGCCUUAAUUCUAUUCAAAUCCAGCCAAACCUUCAUGCAGUACAAGAACAAGACCACCAAGACCUUGAUCACAAUAACAUCAACCUCCAACCACCUACAAAGAAGGAGGAGGACAAGUGUGACUUGUAUAAGGGUCACUGGAUUCCAGAAUUAAGAGGGCCAAUGUACACCAAUUCAAGCUGUGCCACAAUUCCAGAAUCAAAGAAUUGUUUCAAAAAUGGCAGAAGGGACAGUGAUUUCCUUAAUUGGAGAUGGAAGCCAGACAAAUGUGAGCUUCCUCUGUUCGAUCCCAACACCUUUUUGGAAAUUGUGAGAGGAAAGAAAAUGGCAUUUAUCGGAGACUCUGUGGCUCGCAACCAUGUGGAGUCACUUCUCUGCCUCUUGUCACAGGAAGAAUCCCCAAAAGACGUUUACAAGGAUUCUGAAGACAGGUUCAGGACAUGGUAUUUUCCUCAACAUGACUUCACGCUCAUGAAAUUGUGGUCCAAAUAUCUUGUAGCUUCAGAUGAGAGGAUGAUUAAUGGUACAGGGACCGGCACCUUUGAUUUGCAUCUUGACCGGCUCGACGAUCAAUGGGCGCGGCAUCUCCCCGAUCUGGACUACGCAAUCGUCUCAGGCGGGCAUUGGUUUUUCCGGGUAAUGUACUUACAUGAAGGUGGUAACCUCACCGGAUGCGUCUAUUGCAAUCAACCUAAUGUCACUGACUACAACAUUAGCCACGCCGUUCGGAUGGCGUUUCGAACAGUUUUCAAGCACAUCAAAGAUUGCAAGAACUGCAGAGGUGGUCUCAUGGCCUUGUUGAGGACAUUUGCUCCUGCACACUUCGAGAACGGGGCUUGGAACACCGGGGGGUACUGUAACAGAACAAGUCCUUUCAGUGAGGCGCAGAUUGAUUUGGGCACUUUCGACUGGGAAAUGAGGAACAUUCAGAUUGAGGAGUUUGAAAGAGGAAGAAGAGAAGGGGAGAUGAAGGGGAAGAAGUUUGGGGUUUUGGAUAUAACCAGGGCCAUGCUGAUGAGGGCAGAUGGGCACCCUGGAGCUCACUGGGGAAACCAGUGGAUGAAGGGCUAUAAUGACUGCGUCCAUUGGUGCAUGCCAGGCCCUGUUGAUUACUGGAACCAUUUUCUAAUGGCGAUUAUCAGAAACGAGGGAGGCUUAGUUUCUUAGUUAAGGGUAGAGCUUAGUUAGAUGUAGUAACAGCAUAAAACCAUACAAAUUCAUAUCUUAAUAACGCCCACAUUUUUUUUUUACUUUUCAUUUUAUUGUAUUUUUUUUGUUACAAGGGCGUAUAAUAAUUUUAGCUCCAAAUGUGAGAUUUCUACCAUCGAUUUUUCAGUGUAGAACAGAUUAAAAUUUAAAACAUUUCCGGUGUAGAUACCCAUAGUGAAUUAUAAUGGACCUUUCAAGA